AUGGAGGAAGAAGAUGUGAUGAUCGAUGAAGAAAUCGAACAAAUAAUAAAAGGGGUAAGGUUGGAAGAGGGGAAAGUAAAGCAGAUUGUUGGAUCUACCCUUUCGGAUAUAAAGGAAAGUGGGUCAACCCUUGUGACAAAUUUUGAGUCUGAUAAAUCGGCUGCAGAGUAUGCCACUAUGUAUAAAGAAGAUGGUCUUGUAGGUGGUCAUGUUAUCAUGCUUGGAGCGGAUCCUUUAAGUAACAAAUCUGCAAUCGGCGCCCUGCAUGCUUAUCCUGGUGGUCUGCAAGUUGGAGGUGGUAUUAAUUCACCAAACGCUGUGAGUUACAUUGAAGAAGGAGCUAGCCAUGUCAUUAUCACAUCAGUGUUAGACUUGCUUGAAAAAAAGUAUUGUAGAACUUAAUCCAGAUUCCCCGGAUUCUCAAAAGUUGAAGUCACAGAAUGACUUGACAAAAUUCCAAACACAACUUAAAAAGGCAACAUGGGUGCCUCAUCUUUUUCGUGUAAUGGUUGCACCACGAGAAUACAAUAACGAGAAGAAACAAAGGAUUACAGUCAAAUCUGUUGCUCCAGUUGAUUUUGCAGCAGAAUCCAAGUUCUUGCUCGAUGAGAUAUCUUCAAUGAAAGUUUAAAAUAUAUUAUUGGUCUCUAUAUUGAGUCAAUUCCAUGUCCUUAAAAGAUGUAUCUAUGUAAACUUUAGUUUUUGGUGAAGCUUAUAGUUUGGUUAGGCUUAUUAUGUUGGAUCUAUGUGCAUUGCACCUUUUCAUAUGAAAAAGUAUUUUGAUUGUUGAUUUUUGAAGUA